AGCUGGGCGCAGGAGGGGGCGGGGACCUUCUGCUUGUGACAUGGCGGCGGCUGCUGAUAGUACCGGAUAGCCAAGAGCGUGGGACCUGAGGAUAGGUGUCCGAAUAGCCAGGGUGCCAAGCGUUCCAAUGAAGCGGUCUCAUACACCCCCAGCGAACCUGACAAAUGGUGCCCUGCGCUUUCUGUCCCAGGAGCUUGGCAAAGGUAGCGCGGUGAUGUUGUCGGCAGCGGUCCUGGAGCUACCCGGCCCUGGGGUGCGGGGGCACAGGCAGCAGGAUGGCCACAGGUUUGGAUCUCAGAGUGAAGCCCCAGUGUCGGAGAGCAAAACUGGCGGCACCGUCAAAGUCUAUCUUCCAAACCAGCAAAGGACAGUGGUUAACGUCAGGCCUGGAAUGACUGUCUACGAUUCCCUGGAUAAGGCUCUGAAAGUGCGCGGUUUGAACCAGCAGUGCUGUGCUGUCUACCGCCUUUUACAUGGGCGAAAAACUUUAACAGACUGGGAGACGGAUAUCACCCCACUGGUAGGAGAGGAGUUGAUGGUGGAGGUUCUCGCCGAUGUCCCUCUAUCUAUGCACAAUUUUGUGAGGAAAACACAUUUCAACCUGGCAUUCUGUGACUUCUGCCUGAAAUUCCUUUUCAACGGUUUCCGCUGUCAGACAUGUGGCUACAAAUUUCACCAGCACUGCAGCAGUAAAGUGCCCACUGCCUGCGUGGACAUGGCCAAACUGCCCAAGCCAGCAGGCAGUUAUACGGAUUUCCAGUUGUACACUGAUCAAUCCCCUGGCAUUAUCCAUGAACUCUACACCCCGCAGCCAUCCACCAGCCCCCGGACACAGCACCCUGGAGCUGCUUCCUUUUCAUUCCCCAGCGAGGGUCAACCCCUGCAACGGCAUCGCUCCACCUCCACCCCCAACGUUCAUAUUGACAGCACCACUGGCCCUGUGGAUAACAGCAUUAUUGAGGAGGCAUUGAGGAGCGUCGCAGUCACUCCUCGGGAUGGGACCCCGAAGACUGGAGUUCCUCUUGGGAGUAAAUCUCCUCCAGCAAAGUCACCUGUUGAGACUCCAAGAGAGAGAAAGACUUCUGCAUCAGAUGAAAAGAAGAAAGUGAAAUCCCUGGGAUACCGAGAUUCCAGCUACUACUGGGAAGUGAACUCCAGUGAGGUGGUGACGCUGAAACGCAUUGGAGCAGGCUCCUUUGGCACAGUUUUUCGUGGCAAGUGGCAUGGCGACGUGGCUAUCAAGAUUCUCAAAGUAACAAAUCCAACAUCCGAGCAGAUCCAGGCCUUUAAGAAUGAGAUGCAGGUUCUGAGGAAGACCCGUCAUGUCAACAUUCUGCUUUUCAUGGGCUUUAUGACAAAGCCUAACUUUGCAAUAAUCACCCAGUGGUGUGACGGGAGCAGUCUGUACCGCCAUCUGCAUGUACUUGAGACUAGAUUUGACAUAUUUCAGCUUAUCGACAUCGCUAGGCAAACAGCACAAGGGAUGGAUUAUCUUCAUGCUAAAAACAUCAUUCAUCGAGACCUGAAAUCCAACAACAUCUUCCUCCACGAGGGACUUACUGUAAAGAUUGGUGACUUUGGGCUGGCCACAGUGAAGACUCGGUGGAGCGGAUCUCAACCGGUGGAGCAGCCCAGUGGUUCCAUCCUAUGGAUGGCACCGGAGGUGAUAAGGAUGCAGGAGACGAGUCCGUACACCUUUCAGUCUGAUGUGUAUGCAUAUGGAGUUGUCCUGUAUGAACUGAUGGCUGGUUUGUUACCGUACUCGAAUAUAAAUAAUAGAGAUCAGAUCAUUUUCAUGGUCGGUCGUGGUUACCUCAGUCCUGACCUCAGCGACGUGCCCAACAACUUUCCCAAAGCCAUGAGACGACUUCUAUCAGAUUGCAUUAAAUUCAAGAGAGAGGAGAGGCCUCUGUUCCCACAGAUCCUUUCCUCUAUUGAGCUGCUCCAGCGUGCGCUCCCCAAGAUUGAGCGCAGCGCAUCUGAACCAUCUCUGCAUCGGGCUGUGAACUCUGAGGACCUCAAUCCCUUUCUGAUUAACACUUUCCGCCUUCUUCCACACUGACGGGAGAGCACUCUGUACACAGUUUAUCACCUUUCUAUUUCCGGAUUGUCGUCUAUGAAUCUGGCCUCUGUAUUCCAACGUUCAACAUUUGGGCUCAUGUGGUUUCUCUUCUUGAUGCAACUUUACACUCCCUGUUGAAUGUUCAACUCUGUCCUUUCUAUGCCCCUGCAAAUUAAAACCACUGUUAUGAAGUUGAUUUGCCUCCUCCCCCUACUCAGGCACGGUCAGCCUGAAGACCUCUUCCCAGUCUUCCAGUUCAUUCAAUUCCUUGCACGAGAUCCUCUGUAGCUGAAUGUAGGGAAAAAACUGAGCUGUUUUAUCCGUUUGUCACGAAGAUGUGAUAACACUGAGGCGCUUUUUUAAUCUCUCAUCAUGUGAAUGCAAGUUUUUGGCCAUUUAAAUUACAACUCCUAGUCUCUAGUGAUACUGUGGUAUGUGUGGAAACUGCGCAUUCCAAAUUAUGUUGGGAGGUUAAACGUGGCGCUUUGCAUGACAUCAGGGGACACAUGUGCCUUCCAGCAAUUGAAGAAAAAGGAGCAACUGCAACCUGAUAUGGUAAAAAAAAAUGUUUUUAAUAGUUGAGAAUGAUACAGCCCCAUUAAUUUUUAUUCUGUAUCAAAACAGAAGUGGUAAUCUGACUUAAGAAUCAAUUUUACUCUUGUAACUGAUUUUAAGAUCUUGAACACAAAAACCAUCAUCGGUCUUGAAGAUAUUUAUUGCCUAGCUGAAGACGUGCCUGAUGUUGUUUUAAAUCUCCAGCAACUUAUUUUUUUCAAUGAAUUGGAGAAUUUUCUUUACAACUGAUCGUGGAAACUUUAGAGCAGGAACAGAAACCUGUGUACCUGUAGCUGUCUAAAACGAAAAGUCUUGGUUUACCCAUACUAAGAUUCACAGUUCUUCAACAGCUAGAAUAUGGAUCUUUCAAAGAUGUUGUAUGCCAUCAGCCUUUACCUGCUGCACUGUCUUCUCAGGUGAGAAUCUUUGUCGGGGACAAAACAGUUAAAUUAAAGUGAUGCUUGAGAAACUGUUGGGUGAGGGAACAUACAAAUCUUAAUUGCAUUUGAAUAUAAGGAUGUAUAAUAUAUAUAGUUUUAAAUAAAAUAUGUUUGGUGUAAAAAAAA